AUGGCUGGCGUCCUUGGACCCUGGGUCCGCCUGGAAGGCAUAUCCAUCUCCCAGCUGCCCGCGGGAGGCAAAGGCAUCCCACUCGGCACCGCGGACCCCACACCAACUUCACCGCAAGAGGCUCGGCCCAGUGCACCUCCCCCUCUAUCCCUACAGUCUUUCGUCCAGCAGGUCCUCUCCGAAUCCCUGCCCUUCAUUGACAAUGUCGCGCCGAAAUACAGCACCAGCACCAGCACCGGCACCAGCACCGGCACCGAAAACCCCUCCUCGCUAUGGAGGCCCAAGGGCGCCCCGAGAACUUACGACGCUAGCGCCGCGCCUGUGCACGUCUACGAGCGCGUCGUGUCGCGCAGGGAACUCGACGACGUAGAGGGCAUUUCAAAGCUGACGACUGAUCGGAAGGACGAGACGUGGUUCUGCCGGCGCAGCUGCCACCGCGACGCCGCGGAGCCAGGGACUGCGAGCUGGGCUGAGUUCGUGCACGCGUUCAAGGAGUACCACGCUGAGAGCGAGCAAGCUUUCACGCCUACUAUCAUUGGGCACCGGCGUGCUCUGAGCUGGGAUUUUAAUGGGGUAGAUGUUGAGGCCGCGGGCGAAAGGUGGACAGAUGUGACGGUGGUGGUGGAAGAGAUGACGCACAGGAUCGAUCCGAAGCCGUUAAAGAACCGGACGUUUCCCGUGCUGCAGCUUUGUGCGAGUUUAGCUGGGACGCGGGAGUUUGUGGUCGCCUCAAUACCGAUCCACGAUUUCCAUAAGAGCCCGUAUGCGGAGUACGCGAGGGAUAGCAGUCUGGUGGUAGCGAGGUAUGCAGCAGUUGAGAGGAUCAGGGUACUGCCUGGGGAGCAGGGGGAGGAGAUUGAGUGGAUUAUGGGCACGGCAAGUGAUGCUGGGGGUGUGCUGCCGCAGUGGUUGCAGAACCUGGCUGUACCUGGAGCCGUGGCAAAGGAUGUGGACAUGUUUUUGAGGUGGAUCCAGAGUCAGAGGAAGUGA